AUGGUACAGACGUCUGUCCAAUAUUACCCUUGUCUGGGAUGGUUUCAAACUCCUUUCAGUGCGCUGGGACAGUCGCCGGAAGCCUGCUCAUCUUAUACUUUUCCCAAGCUCAUGGGAUCCUUAAAAGCCAACGAAAUGCUGCUUUUCAACAAGAAAAUUACUGCCGUCGAAGCGUGCAAACUAGGUCUGGUCACUGAAGUCUUUCAAGAUGCCAACUUCCAAAGUGAGGUGUGGUCGUUAGUUUACAGCAAGCAAUUGAGUCGCCAGUUUGACACUGAAAUAUUGCACAAAGUUAACGAUGCCGAAUGCGAACGUUUGCUGGAGCGUUGGCAAUCAGAAGACUGCAUGGAAGCCAUCAUGAAAUUCUUCAGUAAAAAUUCGAAAUGAAUCAAAUCCGUUUCUUAAUUCAGACAGAUUGUCUCUAAUGAAAGACGGCCUUGGUGCUGGUAUAUGGGUAAAUGGUGGAAAGCUUUAAAAAAAUAUAUAUGAAUUGGUUAGUAAAAUGUUGUCAUUUCACUUUU